AUGGUACCUGUUAACGAACACGACACAUCCUACCGCAUGAAGAACUUACUCAUGCCCAACCGAGACUAUGUCCUUGAUGUCGUCGCUUUUGUAGCUGGAGAUAAAAUGUAUCUUAGUCAAAAUGACUCAGUAACAACUCCAGAGGGAGCUCCCUCCCGAGGGCCGGAUAAUGUACACGUGGAACUAUUACAACACAAUAGAAUCCUGGUAACGUGGGACGCAAUAACUAGAGAAGUUGCAAAUGGCCAGCUGCGUGGUUACACAGUAUUCGUAAAAGACUAUCACGAUCAUGACCCGGAGUCAGCAACCAAGUAUAACGUUAGUUCCUCGGAAACGUGGAUUAUCAUCGAUCAUUUGGAUGGAGGGCGGAAAUACACUGUCGCUGUUACGGCGUUUACAAUUGAGGAAGGGCCUCAUUCAGAGUGGCAGGAAUUUAUUGUUGGUUGUGGAGGUAAUUUGGAUGGUUACUUUGCGUCAUUUAAACUCCAGCAAUGGGACUGGCACCAACUAGAAUGUACCUGGAAGUUAAACAACCCUGGUGUUACCAAUGCUGUUCUUGUUAUCUCCGCUUUUUACGUGAAGUUCGAGUCCUGCGGAUCCUGGUCUAAGAUUUAUUCAAGUGAUGGCACCGAGUUACACAAUCACGAUGGUUGUGACCAUAAUAAUCACAGGGUGUACGGUGAAAUAGUGGAGGUAUCUUUCGAAGGAUCAGACUUUCUAACUCUAAAACUCCACACAGACCAUCAAGGAAGCUUCGUAAGAUCGGAAUUUGUUAUAUUAGAAGAAGGAAAAUCUCUCAACUCAGCUCAUCAAUCUCCUGAGUGGAAUAUAGCUGCAAACAUCUCAAGCGAUGGGGCAGUUCUUGUCGAUCUCUCUGGCCACCCCGAUAGCAAAGUUGACGCUUUCUUCAUUGUAUCAAUUAACGAGACUCAGAGAAAAUAUGAAAACGACGACGACGAUCACCACCAUCACCAUCAUGAUGACGACUUUAAGCCCAGGAAUUAUCUUCACAUGGUGAACUCAUCCGAGACAAUUGCAAAAGUGAUGGGCCUGCCAGCAUUUACCAAUUUCACUAUUUCUGUUUAUCUCGUUGAAGAAAGUACCCAUGAGCUUUACCAAAGUAAAGAGAUUCAGCUCCAGACAGAAGAGCGUGUUCCCAGUGAGGGUCCCCCCAUCGACGAUUACUGGACCAAAGAUGGCUGUGUAGAGAUCAGUUGGCAUCCAAUUUCUGAGGAGCGUAGAAAUGGCUUCAUUCAAGGCUACAACAUUCAUUACGAACUUGCUUGCCACAAUUACCAAGAAAACGGCCUCUUCCAUACCGGACGUUUAAAUGUCAGCUCGCCAGAUACCCUGAGUGCCACAGUAUGCGACCUCUACCCAGGAUUGCAGUACCGCGUAGGUGUCGCUGGAUUUACGUCAAAAGGAGUCGGAGAAUAUUCUGACAGAGAUGAUAUUUACAUUGGGUGUGGAGGUCCAGUGACGCUUACAAACAGCAGCGGCAUGAUAGCGAGUCCUAAUCAGCCAUGCUCGUAUGGAGGAGUACAGAAUUGCCAUUGGUCAAUCACACCAGACACCGAUGAGGCGGUCAAAGUGAUCUGGAUGUUUUUUAAAGAAUUUCGUUUGGAAGAGUACGAGCAUAACUCCAAUUGCAGAUCGAACGACUGGGUUGGGAUUUCGACGAAAGGAAAUGUCAGUGGGGUAUCAGUUUGUAGGCACCGGGAAGAUUUCAUCGCAAUCAUCAUGGACAGUCAUGCAGACGUCAGUUUUCAUACAAGAGACAAAUACAGGCGUGGGGAUGGUUUUUAUGCUUCGUAUGAAGCAUCCCAUGAGGACCUGAAUGUGACGCAGUUGUCUUGGACUGUGAGGGUGACCACAAGUGAAAUCUCAGCCGAUUUGGAGUGGGAUGAUUUUCCUCUUGGUGUGUCAAUUACACAGUACUAUGUGCGAUUCACAGAUCAAAAAGACAACGUUUCUGUACUUCUACCGGUGAACGGCCAUGACAAGCACUAUAGUGUGGAACGGCUACUGGUUUCUAGCCACACAUACAUCUUUGAUGUUCUUGCGUUUACUGGGGAAGAAAUAGGAAGCCUAAUCUAUGCAAGUGAAAAUGUUACCGCUCAAACGAUUGAGGGAGUCCCAAGUGAGUCACCAGAUAAUUUACACUUGGAGGAACUGCAACGGAACAGCGUCCUGAUACAAUGGGAUCAGCUCCCAUCACACCAAGCAAAUGGUCAGUUACGUGGGUAUACAGUGUACUUUCGGGACCACCACAAUCAUGAUGAGAGAGAUUAUAAAAGGUUUAACGUUACUUUCCCGGAUACCCAUAUUGUUCUUCAUGGUUUGGAUGGAGGUCGAAAGGUAGAUGUGGCAGUGGCUGCGUUUACUUUUGGCUACGGGCCACGAUCAGACUGGGAAACGAUAAGAGUGGGUUGCGAGGGAACGUUUAACAGUUAUAUUAGAGAGUUCAAUGUGACGCAGUGGAACUGGGAACAACUCCACUGCGAGUGGCGGAUAUAUAACCCUGGACUCACCAACCCUGUUCUGUACCUCAGUGGAAUCGACGUGCGGAUACAAUCUUGCGAGGGUUAUACAAAGGUUUUCAAGAGUGACGGUUCUGAGAUCUUUAAUUACGAUGGGUGUUCACAUGCUCUUGGAGACGUAGGACAAGUACCAUUUGAUGGAUCCAGCUAUCUGACCCUCGUAUUUCACACGAAUCAUGAGUGGAGCUAUGCGAGAUCGCAAUUCGCCAUUUUAGAACAAGACGAAUAUCUUUAUUCAGUUCCAAGCGAAGGACCUCACAUUGAAUAUUACGAAGUAAUGGCGGACGGGUGUGUGGUAAUCAAGUGGAAUGAAAUAUCCGAGGAAAAUAGAAAUGGCAAAAUUAUUGGCUUCAGAAUUUUUUACGAAACCAGUUGUUACUCUGAAGACGACCCAAGAAGACAUACUGGAAGCCUUGACGUCAACGAUCCAAGUGAACGUCAUGGAAAAGUGUGCCAUCUUCGUCCGGGUUUGCAGUAUCGUAUACGAGUUGCUGGGUUUACUUCCAAAGGGGUUGGGAGAUUUAAUGAUAGAGAAUUAUACACUGGUUGCGGGGAACCACGCGUCCUGACUAUGGUCAAUGGGACAAUUGACAGCCCUAAUAAACCUUGUCAAUACGACGGGAAACAGAAAUGCCUUUGGUCUAUCAGGCCGAAUAUUAGUGAGCCAAUCAAGAACAUAUGGAUGACGUUUGAAGAUUUCAGUUUGGAGCAAUAUGAAUAUGAUAAAGGAUGCUGGUUAAAUGACUGGGUUAGCAUUUCAACGGGAGACAGCGGCACUCCUUCCUUAGUAUGCAGACACUUUGAUCACUUCCAUGUUGUCGUAUCCAGCGACCAGGCAGACGUUAAUUUCUUCGCUCAAGGAAGAGAAGAUCACAGACGUGGUGAUGGUUUUCAUUCAUGGUAUCAUGGACUCUUUGACGAGAUCGAAGAAACCUAUUUGAACUCAUGGAGCUUCUCGUCGAGUCUAGAUUCAUUAUCAGCUGAUCUAUCUUGGGGAAACUUUCCCCUGGAUGAGCACGUUCAUGGCCUCUAUGUUAGAUUCACUCAAGACAACGUUUCCAUCAUGGUGCCAGUCAGCGAACACGAAACAUCCUACCGCCUGGAAAACUUACUCAUGCCCAACCGAGACUAUAUCCUCAAUGUCGUCGCUUUCGCAGAACAUAACAUGUAUUUUAGCCAGAGUGACUCGGUGACAACACCAGAGGGAGCUCCAUCGAGAGCCCCGCCAAAUGUGCGCGUUGAACUCCUGGAUCCUAACGGGGUCAAAGUUACAUGGGAUCCUCUUGCUGCAAAAUACGCAAAUGGAAGGCUUGUUGGAUACAGGGUCCAUAUCAGGAAUUGGAAGGACCAUUAUCAAUGGGGGCAUGACGAUGGGGACAUGGGAGAAGUUGUGACGGUCAAUUCCACGGAUACCCAUCUUGUUCUCGAGAGACUGGACGGAGGAAGAAAAUAUCAGAUAUCGGUUGCAGCAUUCACCGUUGAAGAUGGACCGAUAUCAGACUGGGAAACAGUACUUAUUGGUUGUGGCGGAACUUUCCAUGGUUACUUUGGAACAUUCAAUCUUACGCAGUGGAGCUGGGAUGGAAGACUAGAUUGUUCAUGGAGGAUAAACAACCCUGGCCUUAGCGACCCCGUGAUGAUCAUAUCUGCGCAAUACGUGGAACUAAAAUCUUGCGAAUCUUCAUCUAAGAUUUUUGGAAGUGAUGGGAGUGAGCUAUGGAGUCAUGAUGGUUGUGAUUAUAGAGCGGUAAAAGGUGAAAUAGUGGAGGUUCCUUUCGACGGGUCUAACUUUCUGACCCUUAAGCUUCAUACAGAACACGAAGGAAGCGUGGUGAUCUCGGAAUUUGUUAUUCUGGAACAAGGGAAAGCUCUGUAUUCAGCUACCCCUUUCCGGCCUCCAUGGAACGUAACAGCAAGCAACACUAAGAAGGGGAGUGUCAUGUUUGACAUGUCUCGUUUCCCUAACGACAAAGAAGCCUCCUUCUUUAUAAUAUCUCUGAAUAGCACGGAAGAGAAUCCCAGUUGCGGGGAACAUCACGGUGAUGACGAAAAGCAACCUCCAGUUUAUCUGCACAUGGUAAAUUCGUCGAAUUCGGUGGAAGAAGUGUUUGGUAUUCCAGAAUCAAGCCGCUUUGAGGUUGUUGUUUACCUCGUUAGCACAAAAGAUGAAGUUUAUAAAAGCGAACAAUUUCUUCUGGAGACGGUGGAAGGUGUUCCAAGUGAGGGACCUGGUCAUGUGGAGUACAGAGUCUUGUCAGCAAGCAGUGUCUUUAUCGAGUGGUCUGAGAUAUCUUCAGAACAUCACAAGGGAAAACUUCUUGGCUACAGUAUUACCUAUUUUUCCGAAUGUACUGUAGAGGACUCUGAUUCUCAUCAUUUUGAACAGUUUACAGUGGAUUUAUCUUUUAGAAGCCAUACUAUCACUAGUCUUCAGCCUGGAUCCAAAUAUCGAGUGUAUAUCGCUGGAUUUACAGCACGGGGAGUUGGAGCACCUAGGGAUAUGGAUUUUACUACCCCUUGUGGACAGCCAAGAGAAUUGACAGAAGUUAAUGGAACAAUUUACAGUCCUAACUACCCCUGUCGCUUCAGAGGACCUCAGUAAUGUCGAUGGACCAUCAAGCCAAGCGGCCCCACAAAAAUUAUAUUGAUAACGAUCGAAAACUUCCGUUUGGAUCGUCACGAGUACUGCAGCAAGAACACGUGGCUCAGUGUUACAGCAGGGCGCUACAAUAAUGAUACUUUACUUUGUGGUCACAUCGAUCGCUUUGACCUCGUUAUAUCAAAUGACGAAGCUGAGAUUGGGUUUUAUACCCGAGAGCAUAACGAAGGUGAUGCCUUUCGCGCAUGGUACCAAGCUCUGGAAAAUGAUAUUCCAGGUAUUGAGUUAUGCUUUAUCUUGGAAACGAAAUUCGUUUCAUAUGCUCUGUCUAUUUUAAAUACCAAUCAGCCGGACAAUAACACCAACAUCAACAAUAAGAACAGUAACAACUAG